UCCACCUUUUGUCCCCACACCGUGUGCAUCCGCCGCUCCAAUUCUCCCCUGAACUACGCUAAGGACCAGACCGGCUGCAAUCAUGAGUCACCUGGAGAUGGCAAUGGCCACCCUGAUACAGACCUUUGACCAAUACGCUGGUUCUGAUGGGAAGAAGAGUACGCUGAGCAAAGCUGAGGUGAAGACUUUGGUAGAGAAGGAGCUGCCUGGGUUGCUCAAGGGAGCGAAGAACCCCGACGAAGUGGACAAGUUCCUGAAAAAUCUGGACUUAAACAAGGACUCUGAGGUCGACUUCCAAGAGUUCGUCAUGCUGAUCGUUGUCCUGACCUGUGCAAUACACGGCCGCUUCUGCAAAUAGUAGAGAGCGAGGAGCCAAUGAAGCCCCGGGGCCACCAUCGGCAGUAGCAUGAAAAACUCCUUGUACUUACAGUUACUUUGAGGCAAAUAAAGUGAUUGUAUCUUGUGGUGUAA